GUCAGAUCAUGAGUUAUAUAUUUAGAUUCAUACAUUUGCUUGACAUUAUAUUUUUUAAUACAUAAAUUGAUAAUGUUUUUAUUUCACAACAAUUGAUUGAUUGUUUAUGAUUUUUAACAAAACAUUCAUAUUUUAAUAUUUCUGUACUAUAAUGAAGUUGAAUAUAUCUUCUGAUGACAUAAAUUUGUUGAUUUAUCGAUACUUGAUAGAGAAUGGGUAUUGUCACACUGCUUUUUCAUUUAACAAGGAGUCUAACAUUAGUGGUAACCCAUACUACGUGAAUCAUGCUGACAAGAUUCCUCCCAACGCCUUAGUAUCAUUUAUGCAGAAGGCUAUGAUUUACAUUUACCUGGAGUACCACACUGAUGACAUAACUGGAGAACAGAUUCUGUGUGACGAGACCUUUUCCUUCUUUAGAAAACACAACUGUUUCAGGAAACUUGGUCAGUCACAUGGUUUACCUCUAUCUCAUUCUAUGAAUACUCGUGACCGUACUGACAAUGCUGAUACCCACCUUGAUAAGAAUGGUACUAAUGUUGCUUCUGAAACUUUGAACUUUGAUUUAUCUAACAGUGGGUUCGGUCGUGAAGAUGUAUUGGAAACUAACAGUAGUUUGUUUCAACUAAAUCACCCAGUUUACGUUGGCCCUCCACAAAGACGCUUGUCCGACAAAUGGCAAUUGUAUGGUUAUCAUAAGCUGUUUGAAUACAUGAAUCCUAAUCUCUCGACAGUCUGUCACUUCAAUCCAGUAUAUGCUGGUUACAUUUUAAAGAGGACUGAGAAUGGACCGUCUAGUCUAUACAAGCUGAACGAGUCUGGUAAAGCAUCUAUUUGUGAAAUAUUACUUCCUCAUGCUAAACUGUAUUCCAGUGAGUCUGGUGCUGGAGUGACUACAUCUUCUAGAUGGAGACAAGAUGGUUUAGUCGUUUGCAGUGGUCAUUCUGAUGGUAACCUUAACCUCUGGUCAUUGGACGGUCACUUGUUAUCCAGUGUCAAGGUUAUGGAGUCUCCUAUUACAGCUGUAGGGUUUUGUGGAACUAAGUCAUAUUGGACAGAUUCUGAACCUGAGUCAGAAACUCCUUACUAUCUUGCUGCCGGUUGCAAGUCUGGUGAUGUGUUCGUAUAUAAAGUUGACAAUAACAACUAUGUGUUGGUAAACCACUUCAAACAGUCUUCCUGUGUUACUGAGUUGGAGUGGCAGAAUCAUAAUAUAGUUUCAUCAAUGACUGCAGAUGGCACACUUACCAGCUACAAUGUGGAGACAAGUGAGAGUUCACAACAGUUAGUACAGGCAAAGAAUGGUGUUCCAUUCAUGGAGUGGGAUUACUAUGGAAGGUAUCUGGCUAUAGUGGACGAAUCAGACUCGUUGAAGGUGUACAGACCAAUAGAAAAUCAUGUUCAUGGAGAAUUAUCAGAACUGAAAGGCCAUAAUGGACAACUCAUCUAUGCUUCAUGGUACUCAGGAAAUGUAGAGAAGGCAUCAUCAAGGAUAUGUACAAUAGCAGUGGAUAAACAGAUGAUAGUGUGGGAUGUCGCCUCAGGUUCAUCACUCAUGUCUCUAGCAUUAGAUCAGGUGCCRACAACGGUAUCAGUAUGUCCAAACGAUUCACUGGUUGCAAUUGGUUCAUAUGGAAACAGUGUGAAGAUGUAUGCUUUACCUAACCUCACCUUGUCAUGUUCAUUCUAUGACAAGACGGUACCUACUAGUAUCAGCUGGUCGUCUGAUAGACAGCAUCUUAUUUACAACGUUUUCAAUCUACAGAGGUCACUUGUAGUACCUCUCAACACUCUAUCAUCAUUUCAAUCUGAUUAAUAUAUCUA